AUGAUGGUGGAGAGGUUCUUCUCCGCCGUGGGGCAAAUGGAUUUCCAACCAGACCAACCUUCUGACUCAAUUCUUCUGCUCUCUGGCCCUCCUUCCUCUGGGAAGUCCUCUUUGCUAUUCCAAUUUGCAUUUAACUCAUCUUUAAGUGGUGCAGUGGUGUUCUUGUGCAACAGGCGCAGGUUGGAAACCAAACCCCCUUAUCUCUCUCAGGGCAUUGAUCCAUCUUCUGAUAUCUUCCAGCGUAUACAAAUGAAGUACUUGGAUGAUCAUGAAGAUAUCAAAAAGUAUUUCGCUGCAUUUCACAUUCAUGAUGCAUUUCCUCUUUCAAUAAUUAUCGAUGAUUUCGGGGAUUUCUUUGAUGAUAGAAAUUGCCAAGAAAGAUACAACAAUCCUCGUGGAAAAGACUUGGCAAUGAUUCGAACUUUAGCUCUGUGUCACAACGCAAUAGCUCAUGCUAGGGAAACAGGGCCAUGUAAGCUUCUACUCUCCGAUACACACCACAGUGACUCGCCGAGGUUACUCUACAUUUAUAAGAGAUGGGUAUCAUCCAUUUACACAAUUAAAGGUGAUGGCACUGGAUUGUUUCUUCUCAAGAACGACUUCAAUUCGGGAACUGUCGGCAAAAGGAGAAUGAGAGCUGCUAAAUACUCCAUAGCUCUUCAGAAUCUGAUUUUAGAAGGCAUAGGUGAAGACCAAGAAUAG